AUGUUGUUGCCCAAGCUCUUACCGUUCACUCUUCUACCGACAUUAAUCACGGCUUCGUGGUACGAUGAGGCCGAGGUAGACUGGAAUUUGAAUGCCAACCAGAAUGCUUCAUCACCACUUAAUUAUACACCGCCUGCGUGGCCGAGCAAUCACUCUUACAACCCGAGCCCACACAACUGGCGGUUUCCUUUCUACAGCUUUUUUCUUGACAGGUUUGUCAACGGCGAUCCGUCUAAUGAUAAUGUUAAUGGAACAUCAUGGGAGCACGAUGUUUAUGGUACGCAGCUUCGACACGGUGGAGACAUUAAGGGCCUCCAAGAUUCUCUAGACUAUCUCCACGGCAUGGGUAUCCGAGGUCUCUACAUUGCUGGUAGCAAUCUGAUCAACCUUCCGUGGGCGGCAGACCAGUACUCCCCUCUCGACCACACUAUCCUCGACCAUCAUCUUGGGACUAUUCAGCAGUACCGGGACGCGAUCGAGGCGAUACACGCUAAAGGUAUGUAUGUCAUCUUCGACAACACGAUGGCUACAAUGUCGGACCUCUUCGCCUUCCAAGGGUAUGCCAAUACUAGCGCAGCUUGGUCGUUCAAAGAGCACGAUAUGUUCUACAAGUCGGAGACGACCUACAGAGACUACAGCCACUCGAACGAUUUCCAAGAGGAAUGCGCCAUACCAUACCCUCGCUUCUGGGAUCAAGGUGGACAUCAGGUCAUUGACAAUAAUACCAAAGAGAUGACUGGAUGUAUGGAUAGUGAAUUUGAUCAGUACGGCGAUGUGGGAGCAUUCGGCACGUAUCCCGAGUGGCAGAAGCAGUUGUCGAAAUUCGGUGGUGUUCAAGAUAGGUUACGCGAUUGGAGACCGAGUGUACUGGACAAAAUCAACCAUUUCUCUUGCAUGAUGAUUCAAGGGCUGGAUAUUGAUGGCUGGCGUAUGGACAAGGCGAUGCAGAUCACGGUGGACUCGCUCGGCAAUUUCUCAAGUUACCAGAGACAGUGCGCUGCAACGGUUGGAAAAACCAACUUCUUCAUCGCUGGCGAAAUGGUGAACGGCAACGCCGAUGCCUCCAUCUACCUGGGAAGAGGCAAGGAGCCCAGUAUGAUGGUGAAUAACCUUACGAAGGCUGUAACUUCAAACGGCACGAAAUACAUUCGCGAUGUUAGUCACUCGGCGCUCGAUGCUGCAGCCUUCCACUACUCAACCUACCGUGCGCUCAUGCGCUUUCUUGGCCUUGAUGGAGACCUCUUGGCCGCAAACGAUGCGCCCGUGAAUUUUCAAGAUCAGUGGCAUACCUUUCUGGCGUCGAACGACAUGAACAACGCCUAUACUGGGCAGUUUGACCCGCGGCAUAUGUACGGUGUCUCCAAUCAGGAUGUUAUCCGAUGGCCAGGUCUCACCAACGGGACCGAGCGACAAUUGCUUGGAGACUUUGUGGUGACUCUGCUUAUGCCUGGUAUCCCGUUGGUUAGCUGGGGCGAAGAACAAGCAUUCUACACGCUUGAUAGUACGGCGAGCAACUACGUUUACGGUCGUCAAGCGAUGUCCUCAGCGCAAGCCUGGCAGAUGCACGGCUGCUACAAAGUCGGCGACACUAACUUGAACAAUGCACCUCUUAACAGCAGUCUUGUGGCGUGCGAGGACGAUGGGGUGAGUCUCGAUCAUCGGGACCCGUCACAUCCAGUAUACGGGUUCUUGAAGCAAAUGUACGAGAUGCGCCAACGCUACCCUGUGCUUAACGAUGGAUGGGGCCUUACUCAGCUGUCAAACCAAACCUUUCAAUAUACGCUUCCUGGCUCUUUUGGGGUUCCGACGGAGACUGGCCUUUGGAGUGUAUUCAGAGCCCGCUUCGAAGGCGUCCAAGACUUCACCGGUCAAGGCACGUUCGGUAAUCAAGGCGUGUGGCUGUUGUACUCCAACUACAACGACUCGAAUACAUACACGUCCGACUGCACAUCCGUCGAUGCGAUCAUUGCGCCGUUCGACCCGAACACCACCGUCAAGAAUCUCUUCUACCCCUUCGACGAGUGGACGCUUUCCACUUCAGUUGUGCAAAUCGGCCUUGAAGGCGCGGAGACUGCCAACGGGUGCAUGGAUCAAGUCAACAUGACGCGCUACGGGUUCAAGGCGUUUGUGCCCAAGAGCCAAUGGCUGGCACCUUCUCCGGUUAUCACGAAGUUCUUGCCGGCCCACGAUGCACGCAUCCUCUCCAACACCAGUGCCGACCAGCCAAGCUCUGUGAGUCUUGAGGUUCGUUUCUCCACCAACAUGGACUGCGACUCGUUCAAGAACAGUUUCAGCGUCAACUCUACGACUGAAUCAGGCAAGCAGGCGCACUACAGCAGCAGUAAUGUCAAUUGCGGGACCAUUGAUCCCCAAUUCGAGGCGUACUUCUACGGGCCGUCGCCGUCCAUAUGGCGCGCACAGGUUACUCUGGACAAUGUGUACGACGGUGUACACAUUGUGAACAUCAACAACGUCACGAACUCUGACCACAAUAUGUCUACCAACUCAAACGACCACUUCAUGUUCCGCAUUGGCCAGUCUGACAACCCAAUCGUAUUUCCGAAAAGCGCCAACUACAGCAACUCCUUGCUCUUCAACGGCUCGCCAUCCAAGUGGGAUAUCAAAGCUGCAGACGGCCUCUACAUCAACCACAAGGCGGCCGGUGCGGACAUGUGGCGCUUCAGUAUGUCUUUCGGCGCCGUUUGGUCUGACUGGAUGCCUUACGUAUCCGGGAACGCUUCGCUUCCCCCCCAGAGCUGGAAUGGUAAUGAGGCUCAAAGCUGGACCGGCGACCAUGUUCAAGUGCAAUAUUGGUCUGCAGCGGCCGGCAGUAGCGAUCACGUAACCGAAGGUGACCUAUUCAGCAGUGCUGGUCCCGCGCGGCGUUUCCCACAUCUUCACAUACAUGGCUCGUACAACAAAUACGGCUUCGACUCAGGGUUGCCUAACGAAAUGCAGCAGCUGGGGAACGGCACCUGGGCCUUCGACUUCAUGGAUGAGUGGCCCUCACAGUUUCAGGUCAAUGUCUGGGGCAUGGCAUCCAACGGACAGCCUGACAUCAGCUUCGCUUUCGGCGAUGUUGAUAAUGAUACCGUUCUCGAACGUAUUGCGCCUACGUCGCUUCAGAUGGUUGUCACUAACAUCACAAACCUGGGUCCCCAGUCACCAUUCUUGUCCUGGCAGAUCUUGUUCGACGAUGGAACCUUGCGUUACUGGCUUGUGCCCACAGGAAGCCGGUACCUGCAGCUUGCGCUUUGGCUACUCUUACUCAUCGUCCCAGUUUGUACCGCAACAGGCGGAGUAUACCUGUACACGCGGGCUUACUACGGCGUGAAAUUCAAUCAGAUUGGUCUAUCAGAGAAGAGAAGCGUGCUUCCAGUGGCCAUGAAGAAACGACGGACUGUGCUCAUUGCAACAAUGGAAUACGACAUUGCGGACUGGUCAAUUAAGGUCAAGAUUGGCGGUCUGGGCGUGAUGGCACAAUUGAUGGGUAAGAACCUAGAGCAUCAGGAUUUGGUGUGGGUUGUCCCUUGCGCUGGUGGCCUCGAGUAUCCUCUCGACCAACCAGGCCUCCCGAUUGACGUUACCAUUCUCGGCCGCACAUACGAGGUCCAAGUGCAGUAUCACAAGCUGAACAACAUCACCUACAUGCUUUUGGAUGCGCCCGUCUUCCGCAGACAGACGUCGAAGGAACCAUAUCCGGCGCGCAUGGACGAUCUGGACAGCGCCAUAUACUACUCUGCGUGGAAUCAGUGCAUCGCUGAAGCCAUGCGUCGCUUUCCGGUGGAUAUCUACCAUAUAAACGACUAUCACGGUACCAUUGCGCCGCUCUACUUGCUGCCAGACACCGUACCUUGCUGCUUGUCGCUUCACAACGCCGAGUUUCAGGGCUUGUGGCCCAUGCGCAACCCUCGCGAAGUCGCGGAGAUCUGCUCUGUUUUCAACCUUCCUCAGCCGGUGGUGCAGCGAUACGUGCAGUUCGGUGAGGUCUUCAACCUUCUGCACGCCGGUGCCAGCAUCCUCCGAAUCCAUCAGAAAGGCUUCGGAGCUGUCGGUGUCAGCAAGAAGUACGGCAAGCGCUCAUGGGCGCGGUAUCCAAUCUUUUGGGGUUUGAAGAAGAUCGGCGCUCUGCCUAACCCAGACCCAUCAGACGUGGCUGAGUGGGACAAGAAGCUUGCUAGUCCGGACGAGAUCCACAUUGAUCAAGUCUUCGAGAGCGCCCGAGCUGGACUCAAGCGACAGGCACAAGAGUGGGCAGGCCUCGAACAGCGAGCAGAUGCCGACCUCUUCGUUUUCGUGGGACGCUGGUCGAUGCAAAAGGGAAUAGACCUCAUUGCCGACGUCUUCCCGGCUGUGCUCGAGCAGUAUCCACAUACUCAGCUGAUAUGUGUGGGGCCAACCAUCGACCUGUAUGGCAAGUUUGCGGCGCUGAAGCUCGAUAAGAUGAUGCAGAAGUACCCUGGCCGUGUCUAUUCCAAGCCCGAGUUCACCGCACUACCACCAUUCAUUUUUAGUGGUGCUGAAUUUGCACUCAUUCCCAGCAGAGACGAGCCGUUCGGUCUGGUAGCCGUCGAGUUUGGUCGAAAGGGUGCUUUGGGAGUCGGAUCCCGAGUCGGUGGCCUUGGUCAGAUGCCCGGCUGGUGGUACACGAUCGAGUCAACAACUACGAAGCACCAAAUGCAUCAAUUCAAGAUGGCUAUAGCCGGUGCUUUGAAGUCGAAUUAUGACACUCGGGCAAUGAUGAGAGCGCGUUCUGCUAAGCAGCGGUUUCCGGUCGCGCAGUGGAAGGAGGACCUGGAGAUUUUGCAGACUACUUCGAUCAAUAUCCACAAGCAGCAGAUGGAUCGCAUAUCUGCGAAGAAGAUGGGCCUCGAUGAUAAGAGCGUAGUGUCUAGCGGCUGGAACACGCCGAAUCUGGGAUCCCUAACACCGCGGAGCGGUUGGGCGACGCCGAACAGCUCAACCACGCCAACGAACAGCCGACCUGGCACACGAAGCGGGUCGCCGGAUCGCUCUGGGGCUACCACGCCCACUGGCAACGCAGGGCUGUCACUUGGCUUGCGGCAUGGUCCUGGCCAUUCUCCGCCAGAAGAACCAUUGACGCGUGCCCGAUCGAGCGAGAUGCGCCGGAUCUCAUACGAUGAGGAAGAAGAGCGGCGAAGACGUGGUCGGCAACCCGAGUCCGUGCAUGAGGAGCACAUCAGCUCAGAGCGUGCAGAGCAUGCUAAGCGCAUCACCACAAGCUUUGCAUUCCUGUCGCACCCUCACACACCACUCCGUGAGGAUCCGCCACGGCCAAUGACACCGCUAUCAACAGAGCAGGUCAUGGAUGAGAAGAAAGGACAGCCGCAAGAACUGACGCCCUUUUUUACCGACCCAACUGGGCUCUAUUACAAAACGUUCGAGAAAAAGCUCGAGAGUCUGAAUGGUAAGAACUCAGAGUCUCAGCUCUGCAUCGAAGAGUACCUGGAAAAGUCAGAGAAGCAAUGGUUCAACCGGCUACACAUCGCCAAGAUGAGCCGCAACACCGCGCAUGGAGCAGAACAGUCGCCAACGCCUGCAGGAUCAAUUUAUGAGGGUAUCGACUCCGAGGAACCAAUGAGCCAGUUCUUGUUACCCCAGAACUACCAGGCACCGACCGGGUUAAAGCGGCUACUGAUGUACAAGGUCGGAGACUGGCCGGUAUACACGUUGCUUCUCGCUCUUGGUCAGGUUUUAGCAGCCAACUCGUACCAAAUCACCCUGCUCUCCGGUCAGGUGGGUCAGACGGCACAAGAGCUUUACAUCAUUGCCUCGGUAUACGCAGCCCACACGAUCAUUUGGUGGGUGAUGUACCGAAGGCUUGCCGCUCGCUAUGUGCUAGCUCUGCCUUUCCUCUUCUAUGGAAUGGCCUUCUGGCUGCUUGGUUUCGCGCCUUUCGGCAGCACCGUCGUUCGCGGCUGGGUCCAGUUCAUCGCGACUAUAAUGUACGCCACCGCUUCCAGCGCUGGCAGCUUUUACUUCAGUCAGAACUUCGGCACGACUGGUGCGGCGCCGGUGAAGGACUGGGCCUUCCGCGCUUGUGCCAUCCAGGGUACGCAGCAGCUCUACACCGUCGGCCUCUGGGCUUGGGGAGCCAAGCUGACCCGACAUACUGACGCCGGCGGCAACGGUGAUCUGGGCUUUGCCUUGACCGGCAUCGGCAUACCCGUCGCGCUCCUCCUGUGGGCCAUUGGUCUCGUUCUCUUCUUCGGCUUGCCCCAGUUCUACCUACAGAAACCUGGUGCCGUGCCUGACUUCUACAAGAGCGUCAUGCGUCGCAAAGUCAUCAUCUGGUUCUGGAUAGCUGUCAUCUUGCAGAAUAUCUUCCUAUCCGGGCCUUAUGGGAGGAACUGGAGCUAUCUUUUCGCCUCCAAGCACGCACCCGGCUGGGCUGUCUUCCUCCUGGUCCUCUUCUUCUUUGUCGUGGUCUGGGCAGCGGUACUGUGGUACUUUUCAAUCUUAUCGCAGACACACAGCUGGUUCGUCCCGCUAUUUGCGGUUGGCCUCUUGGCUCCAAGAUGGGCUCAAAUCUGGUGGGGUGUAUCCAACAUCGGGACGUACUUGCCGUGGGCUGGAUCACCGCUCGCAUCCGCGCUUCUGGGCAGAGGCUUGUGGCUCUGGCUGGGUCUUCUCGAUACCAUUCAAAGUGUCGGCAUUGGCAUGCUACUGCUACAGACAAUGGUGCGAGCGCACGUUACUUGGGCACUCGUCUGCGCACAAGUGCUUGGCUCGAUUGCGACCAUCAUCGCGCGUGCGGACGGGCUCAACUCUGUCGGACCAGGCCCGACGUUCCCAAGCAUUGCCAGCAAUCUGAGCGGCCUCGGUAACGGAUGGUUCUGGAUAUGCCUGGCUUGCCAGCUUGCCAUCCCCGUGGGUUUCUUCACUGUUUUUCGCAAGGAACAACUUUCCAAGCCUUGAGGUAUCCUUACACUCGGUUACUACGAUCCAUAGCAUGGCGUCACCGGCUCAUGGGGCAAUUCAUUGCAUAGCGGCAUCAGCGUUUUCAAGCAAGCAUGGCGCACUCUCUGCGUACUCAUGAUACAGGUUACAGUUACAGAUACCCGCCAUAUGUUCUAGAAAGCAUGUAUUUAGGCGCCGGGGGAGAACGAAGUGCUCGGACUUCCCACAGCCAACUUAGCGUACGAAUCGAUCGUUCUGCCACUAUUACGGCAGCUUCACUGCAUGAUGU